UAAUCAACACUCGAAUGUCGCACUUGCAACUUCAAACAUUUUACUACUAGUAUUUCAAUUUCAAUGCACCCAGUGGGAUUUGGUAGAAAUAACUCAGUAGUAAGGUUCUUUCUUGUGGUUGAGAGGAGCAAAGUUGCAGUGUGCGUCCAUGGCGGACCAUGACAUUCAGCAGCAACAGCGUCAGCACCCAUCAGGAGCAGGUAUCUCUAAAGGGACGGCUCUGCAAGCAUUGAACACCAUAAUCCAGCUUCAUUUCGAGAAGACCAUGGAGAAGAAGCGAGCCAUAGACCUUCAAAAGAAGCAGCUUCACAAACUGUUUCAGAUUUUCUUCAUCUUCUUGACUCUGGUGCUCUUGGCCCACACUAACUCGCCUCGCCUCCAAUGCCGCCAUUGCUGGAUCCCCAUCACCCUCCUCUCCCUCGCCCACCUCAUCUUCUACGUCUCCGUGGCCCAGACCUUGAGAUGCAUCAAUGGCUUCAAGUACCAGAGGCGCUGCCACAAGCUCACUCUAGGACUGGCCACGGACAAGCUCAGAGAGAUCAAGACCAAGAUGGCUGCUAAUGUGGACGCUGAUGAGUACGAGGAGGAGCUCGAGAUUCAGUACCAGGAGCCCCCGGAAAGCUAUUUUGCUAAGUUCAAGAGGAACUGGGCUCUUCAUUUCGGCUUCUUAAUCCUCACCUACGCCUUCAUGGUCUCUUCCUCUGUUUUUCUCCUCUGUUUUUGAUUAUUCUGCGCUCAUGUUUCAAUUAAUCGGGUAUUAAGCAUCUAAUUCUGUUGUUAGAUGUACAAAGUAUAUUGUAAGAUUCCACAAUUGAAUUUUCUAGCCAGCAUCAACUCUGAAAUCAAUUCUCGUUUGCCGUUAUCGUUCAUCAAUCACCCCUUCAAUUUUGUAGGGAAAAUUAUUCCUGGGUCUCAUGAGUGUUCUCUCCUUUUGCCAAAGGGGCAAAAAAAAAAAGAGUUUCUUCAGGCCGUUCUCUCUCAUGGGAGGAAUCAUAUCUGUCGCUGAUUUUUAAAACGGCUAAAAGUAUAGACGAAAUCCGUAAUAAUGGGAGUGCGAGUUCCCACAUCAUCUUAUCAAGCGCACGUUAAUCUGCUGUUCUCUUGACUUCUAAUUAAACGCCGUAGACUACAAGGAAUAUAAUUAAGUUCAUGUUCGUGCAGUCGACAAGCAUUUUCAAGACAUGGUCAUGUGAAGUGACAAUUCCAUGAUAGCCUUCUACCCGAUUGUAAGCACCAUAACUGAAAUAACCAAAAUGUAAUACCCCGAACAAAUUAAA